AGGGAGAGGAGAGGCGGGUGCAGCUACGAGUCGGGCGCCGCAGUGUUUGUCAGUCCUUCGUAUGGACAUCACGUCUGACGCGGCCGAUAGUCUGCUCGCGGUCUGGCAUCGUCGGUGUAUACUCGCGAACUGCAAGUUUUGGCGGCAUCCAUAGCCCCGUUGAUCUCGAGGAGGUGGUUCGGCGGCCCGUCGAAUCCGCCCGUUCGAUGAGAACUCGUGAGAACGCGCGCCUAUGCUCGGUGCACCAAGUCUCGCCAAGAUCGCGCGGUACCCCGCGGUGGCGGCGUGAGCCGUUCCAGGAUUAUUAAUCAUCGGCCGUUCGAGAUGUGAAGACGCCGCCGUAACUGGAAGCGAUGUGGCUUCCGUUCAUACUGCUCGCCUUGAUGGCGAGCGGUUCCGCGUGUCCGGAUCUGUGCGAGUGUCAUCAAAGCGGCGGCGGGGAGAGGGACUUGCCGGUGUUCGUACGCGUCAAGUGUCGCGGACGUGCGCCGGGAUUGUCGGAAUUGCCGGCCAGGACGAGGAGCCUGGCCGUGGACAGUGCCUACGAUUACGAAGUGAUCGGUCUGUUCGAGGAGCUAGAAGUGAGCGAAACGUUGAGCGAGUUCCAAGUGAUCGGUACCUCGAACGUCGAACGGUACUUCGACGUAAACGACACGGCCGGCGAUGCGUCGGCGGAUCCCGAUAACGCGACCACCACUAUCAUCGCCGCCGCCGCCGCCGCCACCACCACCACCACCGCCGUCGUCACCACUACUACUACUAGCACGACCACCACCACCACCACUACCACCACCGUCGCCGCUACCACCACCACCACCACCACUACUAUUCUACUACCCUACCUCGACGAAUUGUCCGUGACGAACUGUUCGUUGGUGUUCUUGAACGUGUCGUGGCACGGAUUCGAGCGCGUCACAGCGUUGAACCUGUCGCGAAACAAUCUGGCACGGCUGAACGACGUGACGGUGGGCCGUGCGAUGAAUAUGAGCGAGCUGACGCGUUUCGACUUGUCCGACAACUCGCUGACGGACGUGAGUGCCGGGGCUUUUAGGACGCUUGCGGGAUUGGUGAGGUUGAGUUUGCGUAGGAACGCGAUAUCGAACGUGCACGAGGACGCGUUCCGAGGGCUGGACCGGUUGGAGUUUCUCGAUUUAUCGGACAACAGGCUGGCCGAUCUGCCCGACAGCGCGUUGACACCCCUCUACUCGUUGCAGAAGUUGGACCUGAGCGGGAAUCAGCUACAAGUUUUGGGCGCCAGGUGGUUCGAGAGCCUGGACAGAUUGAGGGAGCUCGACGUUUCGAGGAACGGUUUAGCGCGGGCUGCCUCCGGAACUUUGCAACCACUUCCGGGAUUAUCGAUACUAAAACUGUCGGAGAACCCUCUGAAAGAGAGGGACGUCUCGUUGCUGUUGGGCACCGGUAGACGCUUGGAAACCGUGGACGCGUCUCGCACGGGUUUGGCCAGGGUCCCGGCCGCGCUCACGAGAUCGGUCAGAGCGCUCAGGCUGGCCGGCAACAAAUUGACCACGAUCCGGGGGGGCGACUUGGACAGUUAUCCCCUUCUUCGGAUAUUGGACAUCUCGGAGAAUCGGUUGACGGACAUCGAGGACGACGCUCUCGGCCGGUUGGAGGUUCUCGAGGAGCUGGACAUCUCCGGCAACGUUCUGGCCAAGGUGCCGGGCAGCCUGCCCAACAGCCUCACCAGUCUCAAGCUCGAACGAAACGCGAUCGGCCGGUUGAGAACGGACGAUCUCCAAGGGUUGUACAAUCUGAGAUCGUUGACGUUGAACGACAACGACAUCGAGGAGAUCGAGGUGGGGGCCCUCGGUCAAUUACCGGUGCUCGAAGAACUCGAUCUAUCCGAUAAUCCCGUUAAAACGUUACCGGCUAAUACCUUAAGUGGGCCGAGUAAUCUCGCCAAGCUUCGUAUGGCGGGAUUAACCUCGCUUCGGGGGGAGCAACAGGAGCAAAGCGACAUGGCGUUUCCGGUGCCCACGCCGGAGAGGCUGGUGUACCUAGACGUGUCGAGAAGCCCGGUCCUGGCCAGGCAGCUUCUCGCGGAUGACGCAGCGUUGUCCGCCUGCAAGAGCUUGGUCGAACUGAACCUGUCCCGGACCAACUUAACGAGCCUGAGAUUCGACCUGCCUUACAUGCUUCCGCAAUUGCGCGUCCUCGACUUGGCCGGGAACCGUUGGAAUUGCAGCGAGGAUCUUUACUGGCUGGGCGAGUGGGUGAGGCAGCACGAGCGACCGAACAAAGACGUUCGAUGCGACGCACCUGGCCAAUUGUCGGGAUCGCCGUUGUACGAAUUGCCAUCACCGCCUAGCCCUCCACCCACCGCUGCCCCGCCGACCGUCAUCACGCCGCCCACCGCCACGACAUUAUCGAUUCCACCUCCGAUCGAACGUUCGUCUCGUUUUAAUAACCCGACCGCAUCUUCCAACGCAUCUACUACCCGCCCAGCCACCGUCGCCUCUGUCCACCUGUCAUCUGUUGUCACCGAGGGCGCCGCCGAGAAUCGAUCGCGAGCCGAUCGAGAUCGCCCCUCCCUCCUCGAGGACUCGUCGUCGAUCGAGGGAACGUCGACGAGGCCGGUUCCGCCGCCGGUCGGAUCGUGGGGACGAAACGGCGCGAGCUUCGUGGGGACGACGAGGUCGGGGCGGAAGGAGGAGCGAGACCCGGCUAAGAAAGUUAUCGAGGUCGAUCGGAGCGCCGCGGCGGAGAUUAAAAAUUCAAUUAUAGACGUCGGCCGGGACGCGACGAGCGAUGGAAAACCGUCAAUUAUCGGAAGCGGGAACGAUUCGGGAACUUUGGAUAAUCGCGUAGAAGACGGUAGCAAGCAGGGGGGAAGCAGGGGGCCGAGCAAACUCGGCGCAUCGUCGGCCAAGACCGCCGCCACCUCCUCGUUCUUCAAGCUAUCGAAACUUGGCCCCCCGUUGUCGAAGGAGCAGCCCUUCGAAAAGAAGUAUUGGACGAGGAGGAGGGCGAACAAUCCGACGAGAGAGAGCUCGGCGGUGCUUCUCGGCGGGGAGAAUAAUAACAGGGCCGAUUCGAACACGAUUGCCGAGGAACUGAACGACAGGAGGGCGACCGACUCCGACGCCAGGGUCUCCGAGGCUUUGUCCGCUGGCGCUCAUCCGGGGAUGUUGGUGCUGGCUGGCGCUGCACUCGGCGCGGCAGCCGCGCUCACCGUCGUGUUGUCGCGACGAGCAACGGUGAGGCGAAGGGACAGGUAUCAUCGGCACGAGAACAUCGAGGUGCACACCCUCACCCCGACCACCGAGCUUUGGUGACCGGAAUCCGAGUACGCUCGAUUGUUCGACAUGGACAAGGUAUCUGAACAUCGAGGAUCACGCGUCAAAAGGACGCGAUUACCGGACGUGUACUUCGCCGAUAUUUAGCAGAAGUAACUUUCGCACAACUCUUUCUUUCUUUCUUUCUUUUUUUCUACUUCUUUUACGCUUUUCUUUUCCGUGCCAGAAUCUUUGAAAAGACUUUCGAAUCGAACGAGAAUUGUGAAAAAAAAUAGAAAGACUUUUAUAUACGAAUCAAAAAUAUCGAACGAUCGAAUAAUUUCGUUCAAAUAGAGUUUUAUCGAGGAUAUAUAUAUAUAUACACACACACACACACUUUUCAACAACGUUUUCUGGCUACGAACCAGAUUAACCGGUGUACUGGUUUUCAAGUGAAUAGAUGAACAUUGAACAGUCGUGGCUAGGAACGAACAAAGCUCGAACGGAUCACCUUACUUCUCGAGGAAGCUCCGAGUAGUUCCCGAAUAACCGCCAGAUUCGGCUUUGUCCGUCGGGAAAUACGCGUCGGGCACGCGGUAAAGUUUCGGUGAAGGAAACUGUUGGCCGAGAUCCCAUGGAGUCUGGGGAGAAACCACUCUCUCGAUAUUCCUCCAUCUCCCGAUGAACUCGAGGCGGAGGAGAAAUACGGUGAAAUUUCGAAAAAUCCAAGUGUUUCGUCGACGAGAAUAUAACUCGUCGUCGAGAACGAGUUGGACUGUUCGUUGAACAAAGGGACCCGUGAUGUAUCGAGGACUUUAACGAGGCGAUCGAAAAAAGCCAAAGAGGAAUGUGCCCUCCCUUUCCUUUCGGUAUCCCGUGAAAAGGAUCUUCGUUCCAAAGGCGAACACUGCAGGUGGCAAUAAUUAAGAAAAAAAGAAUAAAAAAAUAAAAAAAAGAAAGAAAAAAGAAAGAAAGAAAGAAAAAAAGAAAAAAAAAAGAAAAAAAAAGCAGUCUCUCGCACUGCAUCGAUCUCAGGCGAUCGGAACGUUAAAUAGCACACACACAAAGUGACAAUAAUAAUUGUAACGUGCGUUUCUGGAUUGGACGCGUUCUUUCUCGUCGCGCGUUCCAGAACACUUCUAUGAUCUGGAAGUGUGGCUGGGGCUACGUACGGGGAGGGAAAUGUGGAGAGAAAAUGACGGGGAGGGGAAGAGAGAAAGGCUGGAGAGAAGAUGGAGAAAAGAAAUUGAUGGGACACAGGGAACGUGCUGGCGUGAAAUUCGCGGUGGCGAAUUGUACGUUUGAAUGACAGUGCGAGACGGGGAAGCGAGAGCGAUUGUUGGCCGGAAGAACUUUUAUCGAACGCUGUGAGAUCGAGUGAGAGGAGGAAAAAGAAGGAGGAAGAGGAGAAGGAGAAGAAGAAGGAGAAGAAGAAGAAGAAGGAGAAGAAGAAGAAAAGAGAUGCGCGAGUGCACGAAAACGGAGUGUAAGUGAAGAAGGCGAGAUGGUGUGAGGAGAAAGUAUGCGAGGAGCGAAGAAGCAAAGGGCUAAACAGCGAGAAUGGACGAGAGUGAGAGAGACAGAGAAAGAGAGAGAGAGAGAGAAAGAGGAAGGAUGAGAGCGAGAGGUAGCGCGUGUGUGUAUGCAUGUGUGUGUGUGUGAGAGAGAGAGAGAGAAAUGAUCGCGAGGUGGAAACCGCUCUCAACGACGGCCAACACCGAGUGUACAGAAACGUAGCUUCCGAACUUAAUUCUGGCGGCUUGGCCGGUUGCCAAGACUUCUUAACAAACAGAGAAAAAAAAAAGAAAAAAAAAAAAAAAAAUACAAGAGUGGAAGAGAGCAGAUAAGAAAUAACGAAGAGGCUAGACAUUAUCUUUCUUAAAAUAACCAGUGUCAAAGUACCGCUAUGAUAAUAAACCGAUGUACAAAGAUGCAA